CCCGCUCCACAAUGAUGUCCUGCACGCCAAGCCUCGCCUGUCAACCACAUUCCCAAGCUCGAGCUCCAUCAUCCCGGUCGUCUUCCCGCAACUCUACUUCCACCGCACCUGAGCACCUCCCCGCGCCUCGACAAUGACCGACACAGUGCGCAUAGUCGUCUGCGGCGACGAAGGCACGGGCAAAAGCUCCCUCAUAACCUGCCUGGUGAAAGACCACUUCCGACCAACCAAGAUCCAGCCAACGCUUCCGGCGUUAACAAUCAGCGCACCGUCCGGCGUGUCCACAACCAUAAUCGACACCUCCUCGCUCCCACAGGAGCGGAACACGCUCCGCAAGGAGAUCCGGCGCAGCAACGUGAUCUGCCUUGUGUACAGUGACCACUACAGCUACGAGCGGGUAUCGCUAUUCUGGCUGCCGUACUUCCGCGGCCUCGGCGUCAACCUUCCCGUGGUACUGUGCGCAAAUAAGAGCGAUCUGUAUCCCGGCGUUGGCGCGGAUGUCGAGGCAGAAACGAGGAAGGAAAUGAUGCCCAUUAUGGUCGAGUUCAAGGAGAUUGACUCGUGCAUUAGGGCCAGUGCCAAGGAGUUGAGGAAUGUUAAUGAGUUGUUUUAUCUUUGUCAGCGCGCAGUCACACAUCCCAUUGCGCCGCUCUAUGACUCCAAAGAACAGAAUUUGAAGCCGGCGGCGACGGCGGCGCUGCAGAGGAUUUUUUUUCUCUGCGAUCGAGACCAGGACGGUCUGCUCAACGACAAGGAGAUACAGGACUUCCAGACCAAGUGUUUUGGCAAGCCACUGGCACCCGACGACCUCGAGGAGAUCAAGACGCUUAUCCGGAAGACGUCGCCGGAGUCUGCCACCGAGGAGGGGAUAGACGGGCGGGGGUUCAUCCUGCUGAACAAGAUCUUUGCCGAGAAGGGGCGACACGAGACUAUAUGGAGCAUCCUGCGGACGUUCCACUACACCGACUCGCUGAGCCUGAAGGACAGCUUCCUGCACCCGAAAUUCGAGGUGCCACCGGGAGCAUCCGCGGAGCUGUCGCCGAUCGGAUACCGGUUCUUUGUAGAUCUGUUCCUGCUAUUCGACAAAGACAACGACGGCGGCCUCAACGAGUCCGAGCUCAGCGCGCUCUUUGCGCCCACCCCCGGUCUUCCCGCCUCCUGGAUAGAACGCGGCUUCCCGUCCUCCACCGUCCGCUCCGAGGCCGGCCAUAUCACCCUCCAGGGCUGGCUGGCACAGUGGUCAAUGACCACCUUCCAGUCCCCCGCCACAACGCUCGAAUACCUCGCCUACCUCGGCUUCGACAGUCACUCGAAGUCCGGUACCGCGGCGGCGUUAAAACUGACGAAGCCACGACGGCGCAAGCGGCGGCAAGGAAAGGUCGAGCGCAACGUAGUCCUCUGCUACGUCCUCGGCUCGUCAGGCUGCGGCAAGAGCACAUUGCUGGACGCAUUUCUGAACCGGCCGUUCUCGCCGACCUACAACCCGACGAUCAAGCCACGCACCGCCGUCAACAGCGUCGAGCUGCAGGGCGGAAAACAGUGCUACCUGAUACUAGAGGAGCUCGGCGAGCUCGAACCAGCAAUCCUCGAGAAUAAGGCAAAGCUGAGCGAGUGCGAUGUCGUCUGCUACGCUUACGACUCGAGUAAUCCAGACUCGUUCGCGCACGUGGCUGAGCUACGGAGUAAACACCCGCACCUCGACGACCUCCCUGCGGUGUACGCCGCGCUAAAGGCGGACUUGGACAAGACGACGCAGCGGUUUACGCAGCAGCCGGAGGAGUACACGCGGGACCUAGGUAUGUCGGCGCCGCUGCACGUGUCGACGACGUGGACGAGCGUGAGCGAGCUGUGGGCGAACGUGGCGGAGGCCGCGCUGUCCCCCGGCAUGGCCAGUCCACGCACCGAGCCCGAGAGGGCUGAUAGGACCAAUCUGUGGAUUGCUGGCGGCGUGGCGGCUGCGGCUGCGGUCGUGGCGGGCGUCGCGUGGAAGAGGACUGCGUAGACUGCGUAAGGCUUGGGAAGGGGGCUAAUGUACUAUUGGUAAUGAAUGGCCCUCAGAUGAGGUAUUGACACUCCUGGGGGUCAGGGCAAAAAGGGCAAAAAUGAUCACUACAGGGGUCGAACCUGUGACCUUGGCGUUGCACACUGGAUGUAUUAGCACCACGCUCUAACCAACU